AUGUCCACCGCUGAAGAGAUCGCCAAAGCAGCCAAGACAGCUUUCGAAGAAUCCCAGCUCGUGCCUGCAGAGGAACGCGUAACGGCGCUGCGGCAUAUACGGGCGGCCCUUGAAGCGAACAAGGCAACUAUUCUUGCCGCAAACGUCGUGGACGUGCAUGCCGCGAAGUUCGAGGUGGCCGCGGGGCGCAUGGAGGAGUCUUUGCUAAGCCGGCUGGAUCUGAACAAGGGCGACAAGUGGGAGUCGAUGCUGCAGGGCAUAACGGACGUUGCGGAGCUGCCUGACCCGACUGGGAUCGUGUCGUACGCGAAAGAGCUGGACGAUGGACUGGAACUUUAUCGUGUUUCGUGCCCCAUCGGUGUGCUGCUGGUUAUAUUUGAGGCGCGUCCAGAGGUGGUGGUGAACAUUGCUGCAUUGGCCAUAAAAUCAGGCAAUGCUGCGAUCCUCAAAGGAGGGAAAGAAUCAAAUGAAACGACACAACUUCUUGCCCAGGCCAUUGCAGCGGGGUUAUCCAAGUCGUCGCUACCAAGCACAUACGUGCAGACUAUCCAAACGCGGGCGGAGGUUUCCUCCCUUUUAUCACUUGACCAAUACAUCGACCUUGUAAUCCCCCGAGGUAGCAACAGCCUUGUACGCAAUAUCCAAAACAACACGCGAAUCCCGGUUAUGGGUCACGCCGACGGGCUCUGCAGUGUGUAUUUAGAUGAGUCUGCUGACCCAGAGAAGGCAGUCAGAAUUGUGGUAGACUCCAAGACUGACUACCCUUCUGCAUGCAACUCGACAGAAACACUGCUGAUUCAUGAAUCUCUUUUGUCUUCCCUCUGGCCAACAGUCGCUCAAGCACUGAUUUCCGCCAAGGUCCGCUUGCUCUGCGAUCCCCCCACACUUUCCGCAAUAGAAUCCCUUUCCCUGCCAUCAUCCCUCGUCUCUCCGUCUACACUAGACGCCUACACUACGGAACACCUAACACUCACCCUCGCGGUCGCCGCCGUGCCCUCCCUCGCCCACGCGAUCCGCCACAUUAACGCGCACUCGUCGCACCACACUGACAGCAUCGUGACCGAGUCACGUGCCGCCGCCGCCGCGUUCGUCCGCGGCGUGGACAGCGCGGGCACCUUCGUCAACGCAAGCACGCGCUUCGCGGACGGCUUCCGCUACGGCUUCGGCACCGAAGUCGGUAUCAGCACGGGCCGCAUACACGCUCGCGGGCCCGUUGGCCUCGAGGGCUUGGUCAGUUAUAAGUAUGUCCUCAGCGGGACGGGGAAAGCGGGGCAUGUCGUUGGCGAGUUUGGGGUCGGGGAGGGAAAGAGGCGGUUUACGCAUAGGUUGAUUGAGGAGAAGCGUUUACCGUUCUGA